GGCGCGAGGGGUGCCGGCGCGCGGGCGGCCUCCCGCCUUCCCCUCUCCCCGCGCGCAGCCAGAGCCCAGCGUCUCCGGGAGCGCGGGCGCCCGCCCGCCUCCCCGUGCGCCCCGGCCCGCGCCGAGACCCCGGGCGCCGAGCGGCGAUGAAUGCGACCUUCCUGAACCACAGCGGCCUGGAGGCGGCGGGCGCCUUGGGCGGCAGCGGCGGGGCCGCCCUGGGGAACCGCAGCCACGGGCUGGGCACGUGGCUGGGCUGCUGCGGGGGCGGGGGGGAGGGUGGCGCGCCGCUGGCCGCCAGCGACGGGGUCCCCGCGGGGCUGGCGCCCGACGAGCGCAGCCUGUGGGUGUCGCGCGUGGCGCAGAUCGCUGUGCUCUGCGUGCUGUCGCUCACCGUGGUCUUCGGCGUGUUCUUCCUGGGCUGCAACCUGCUCAUCAAGUCGGAGAGCAUGAUCAACUUUCUGGUGCAGGAGCGCCGGCCUUCCAAGGACGUGGGCGCCGCCAUCCUGGGGCUGUACUGAGGCCGCCCCGGCCCGCGCACCGCCAGCCCGGCCCUCAAGCAGACGAGAAGGGAGACCAGGACCCUCGUGCCCCGCGCGGGCUCUGCCGCCGCCGGGCCGGCCGCGCGAGGGACAGCCACGGACCUCGGGCCCCCUCCCCCCGCCAGGACCGGGACACCGCGGGACUCGGGGCCGCGGCGCGGGGAGGGACAUCCACACCCGGCUGGCCCUGUGUGCGCCUCGGCGUGGCUGGGUGGGAGAGGUCGUGCGAGGCCGCCCGGGGCCGAGGUCACGUGCGUGGGAGUUUGGGGUGUCUGGAGGUGGGGCGGGGUGGGGGAAGUCGUUGGAGAAUCCGAGUCGCUGAGCUUGUUGGCCUGAUUUAGCUUUUGAAAAGAAACCUUGUGAUAAAACUGCAGCCUUCUGGCUUCCGGCGGCUUCCCACCGGCA